AUGGGGAAACUCAUUCGGUUGGAGCUUUUCAACUUCAAAUCUUACAAAGGACACCAUACUUUACUCUUCGGAGAUGCAUACUUCACCUCGAUCAUCGGACCCAAUGGGUCUGGAAAGUCUAAUUCAAUGGAUGCCAUUUCGUUCGUCCUAGGUAUCAAGUCCUCUCAUCUGCGAUCCACGAACCUCAAAGAUCUCGUCUAUCGUGGCCGUGUCCUGCGCACGUCCAAGGUCGAUGUCAACGGAGAACCUAUCGUCAAUGGUGAAAAUGUCGAGCAAGAGGAGGAAGACGAGGAUGUAGAUGCAUCCCAGGAUGCCGCUGGUGCAAACGAUCCCAAGACAGCCUGGGUUAUGGCCGUCUAUGAGGAUGACGCGGGCGAGGAACAGCAAUGGCGUCGAUCCAUUACUAGCCAGGGUGCCAGCGAGUACCGCAUCAACAACCGAAUCGUCACUGCUCAGCAAUAUAACGAGGCUCUGGAGGAGGAAAACAUCUUGAUUCGCGCACGCAAUUUCUUGGUUUUCCAAGGUGAUGUUGAGGCAAUCGCGUCCCAGUCUCCAAGGGACCUCACCCGGUUGAUCGAGCAGAUUUCUGGCAGCUUGGAAUACAAAGGCGACUACGAGAAGCUCAAAGCGGAGGCUGAGGAGGCUGCCGAACAACAGACCGUUCAACUCAACCGUCGACGAGGAAUCAACUCCGAAGUUAAACAGUACCAGGAGCAGAAGCGCGAAGCCGAGAACUACACUAAAAAGGCCGAGGAACGCGACCAAGCCAUCAUCACCCACAUCCUCUGGAAACUUUUCCACUUUCAACGGUUGAUCGAUGACUCUAGCGCCGACAUCCAGAAAUACCAGGACGAGCUCAAGGAAUACCGCCGAGGAGUCGAGAAAUACGAGAAUAAUGUUGAAGACGCCAAGAAGGAACACACUCGAGUCGGUAGGGAUGUUGGAAAGGCCGACAAGAAUAUCCACAAGAAGGAGAAGGAGAUCGAAGAACUCAACAACUCUCUGGUUCCUAUCGACGAGAAGGUGGACAUCACGCAGAGAAAGGUGGAACGGUAUUCAUCAAAGAUCGACGAGAUCGGCAAGGAGCGCACGAGCCAGGCGAACAAUGCAAAGCAACUCGAGAAGGACCUGAAGCUGGUAGAGAAGGCCCAGGGUCAGUGGGAAGCUGAAUGGCAAAAGACUACGAACAAGCGCGGCGGACAGCUGAGUGAAGGCGACCAGCAGGAGUACAACAAGCUCCGCGAAGAGGUCAGCAAGCGCUCAUCUGCCGAUCAACUUAACCUCGACAACCUCCGUCGCCAAAGGAAGACCGAAGCCGAAGCCGUCAACAGCCUGAAGGGCAAAUUCGAGACCACUGAGUGGCAGUUCAAGACUCUAGAAUCCGACUCGCAAAACAUGACCGAGCGCCAGUCCGCGCUGAAGGACACGAUCAAGUCCACAUCCAAAGAUAUCGAUCGCAAGAAGAAGGACCUCAACGGUUUGACAUCGGAACGCUUGAAGGUCUCGCAAGUGCGAACCGAGCUCGAGGAGAAACUGCAAGUGGUACUCAAGAAGCUGAUGGAAGCCGAUGACGGAAAGAAGCAGAAUGAGCGUGAGAUCCGGGCGAAGGAACUCAUCUCGACCCUUAAGCGCAUCUUUCCCGGUGUGAAGGGUCGUGUCAGCGACCUCUGCCGGCCAAAGCAGCGGAAGUACGCCGAAGCCGUCAGCACCGUUCUUGGUCGCCACUUUGAUGCCGUCGUCGUCGACAACGAAAAGACUGCCAAGGAGUGUAUUCAGCAUCUUCGGGACCAGCGAGCUGGCCAAGCCACCUUUAUCCCUCUUGAAACUAUCCAGGUCAAAGCCUUUAACUCGAGUUUGAAGGGCCUCCACCGGAAUAUGCGCCCUGCCAUCGAGACUGUGGACUACGACGACUCGGUUUCUCGAGCUAUCGUGUACGCUUGUGGAAAUUCAAUUGUCUGCGAUGACCUUGCUACCGCCAAGUAUCUGUGCUAUGAGCGAAAUGUCGAUGCCAAGGCAGUUACUCUGGAUGGUACUGUUAUCCAUAAAGGUGGUUUGAUGACUGGUGGUCGUGGCCCUCAACAGAAUGCUUCCAAGCGUUGGGAGGAUUCGGAGGUGGAGAAUCUUCAUAAGCUGAAGGACAAGCUUCUGGGCGACCUUAACAGUCUACCGAAAAGCCAUCGCCGGGGCUCGGAGGAGGAGACGCUACAAGGAGAGCUUGUUGGCCUUGAGCAACGCCUCAACUAUGCCCGCGACGAACUGAAGGCUCUUGAGCGGAACAUCAAGAGCAAACACAGUGAGCUAGACUUUGUCAAGCAACAGAUGGAAGACUUGCGACCUAAGUAUACAGAACGCAAGGAGAAUCUGGAUGAACUGGACGAGACUAUCGAAAAUUCGCAAGAGUCCGUCAGUAACGUCGAAGACGAGAUCUACCGCAAAUUCUGCAAGCGCCUGGGUUACGACAACAUCCGUGAAUAUGAAGCCCAGCAGGGCUCCUUGCAAGAGGAAGCCGCACAGAAGAAACUUGAGUUUACGACACAAAAGAGUCGUAUUGAGAAUCAGCUCAGCUUUGAAAAGCAGCGCAUCCAAGCGACCGAGGAUCGAAUCAACGGUCUCAAAUCUCAGUAUGACCGCGAUAUGAGCCUGAUUGAAGAGCUUAAGGAGCAACAAGAGGAGAUCCGGGAUAAGCUGGAUGAGUUCGGUGCUGAACUUGAACUCUUACGCGAAAACCUCGAGAAACAAAAGGAGAUCUACGCACAGUCGGCUGAGAACCUGGCUGAACAGCGACGAGAACUCCAGAAGCGCAGCAAGCAUGUCGAAGGAGCACUCAAGAACAUCAAUGCCCUGGAGGCUGAGAUCCAACGGAAUUCUUCUAGUCGCUAUGCCCUUCUCCGUCGUUGCAAGCUUGAAGAUAUUGAUAUUCCUCUGGAAGAGUCUUCCAAUGGCCUCGACAAACUCCCCAUCGAUGAUCUUGUGCAGGCCGCGGAUCCGGACGCCAUGGAUGUGGAUGAGGCUGACGGCCUUGAUGAAACUCCUGUGGUGCAAGACUAUGGUAUUGAGGUUGACUUUGACUCUCUUGGGGAGACCCUUAAAGAGGAGUCCGAUGAUAAAUUAGAGGAGGAGCUCCUUGAAAAGGUCCGCAGUCUUACCAACGAGCUCGACAAGAUGGCGCCCAAUACGCGCGCUAUGGAGCGCCUGGAGACCGUGGAGAACAAGCUUCGCGGCACCGAGAAGGACUUUGAGGAUGCUCGAAAGUAUGCCCGAAAAGCGAAGGACGACUUUGAAAAUGUGAUGAAGAAGCGUUCCGACCUCUUCAACAAGGCCUUUACACAUAUUUCUGAGCAGAUUGGCCCGAUUUAUCGCGAGCUAACUCGCAGUACCAACUAUCCUCUCGGUGGACAAGCUUACCUUGAUAUCGAGGACUCGGACGAGCCAUACCUUGACGGUAUCAAGUACCACGCCAUGCCGCCUCUGAAGCGUUUCCGUGAUAUGGAACAUUUGUCAGGUGGUGAGAAGACCAUGGCGGCACUUGCGUUGCUCUUUGCCAUCCACUCCUAUCAGCCUUCGCCCUUCUUUGUGCUGGAUGAGGUGGACGCUGCUCUCGAUAACACCAAUGUUGCCCGCAUUGCGAACUAUAUCCAUGAUCACGCAGGUCCUGGCAUGCAGUUCAUCGUCAUCAGUUUGAAGACCGGCCUCUUCCAGAACAGUGAGGCUUUGGUUGGUAUUUACCGGGAUCAGGUGCAGAACAGCAGCAAGUCUUUGACCCUUGAUCUCCGCAAAUAUACCUGA